CUCCAGUUGUUAGCCAAUGACUGGUCACUAAACAAUUUGAGGAAGAAGAUGUAUCUCAUGUUAACUAGUGUGUGAAAUUACCUUUAAGAAGAAUGGCGACCUCAGUCACCAAGGACAUCUCCUAUGAGGAUCUGAAAGCGCUCCUGGGAAAGAGCGAGAAUCUCUUCCUGGUGGAUGUUCGCAGUAAAGAGGAAGUGGAUAAAGGACAAAUUCAAGGAUCCGUUCACAUCCCAGUUGAUACAGUAGAGGCUGCUUUUGCGAUGGCGCCAGAACAAUUCAAGGCCAAGUACGGAGUAACCAAGCCACUGCUGGAGGCGCCAGAGCUGGUGUUUCACUGCCAGAUGGGCAAACGAGGGGUAGCUGCCACAACCAAGGCCUGCGAACUUGGAUACGUGAAUGCACGUAAUUAUACCGGAGGAUACAAGGAGUGGUCUGAGAAAGAG